GUGACAGAAAAUUACUCACGGGUGACGCAUAUUUUGUCGAAAUAACUCUCAGGUCCCUCUAUUUUCAAGAAGACAACGGAGGUCCUUACAUUUUGUUGUAAUGACUGGGAGGGGACAUUGCACCCAAUAUUUCAUCCAUACACGUAAAUAAAUGUAUUUUUUUUCUUUUUUUCUAAAUAUUUUAAGGCUACAAGGGGAAGAAGAAAAGGAAAAACCCUAAGCCUAAAGCUACGAGGUGAAGCUGGGUCACACCAUAAUCUCUUUUUCUCAGAAAUCGUAAUCAUCAUCAUCAUCAAAGACAGCCAUGGAUGCUCUGAGGAAGCAGUUGGACGUGUUGAUGGGAUCCAACCGGAACGGCGACGUUACCGAGGUGGAUCGGAAGUACUUCGACCGCGACGUCUGCCGUCUCUUCCUCUCCGGCCUUUGCCCUCACGACUUAUUCCAACUAACUAAAAUGGAUAUGGGCCCUUGCCCAAAACUGCAUUCUUUACUGCUGAGGAAAGACUACGAGGAAGCAAAAUCAAAAGGUGUUGAUAAUUAUGACAGAGACUUGGAGGAUUUUAUUGACAGGCUUAUUAUUGAGUGUGAUAGGAAGAUAUCUAGAGCCCUCAAACGGCUCUCUGAAGAGGAUGCCAAAGCUGCCAUUGCUAUCUCUGUGACUGCAGUUACUCAAACAGAAGAGACUCUGGAGUUAACCAAGCUAAUAAAGCAGAAGUUACAAGAAGCUGAUCAAAAUGAUUUUGAAGGCAAAACAGACUUGAAAAUUCGAGCUCUUGAAGAGGUUGAAGAACUCAGGACAAAGCGAGCAGACAAACAGGCAAUGUUGCUUUUGGAUGCUUUUAACAAAGAUCGAGCUUCUUUACCACAGCCACUUCAAAAUGCUCCACAGAUGGAGCACAGGCCUGCAGCUGCUACAGAUUCUCGUAUACAGGAGCUGAUAAAUGAAAAAUUAAAGAAAGCUGAAGAUCUUGGCGAACUAGGGAUGAUUGAUGAGGCACAGAAAGCAUUGGAAGAAGCUGAAGCACUAAAGAAGCUUCCAGCACGCCCAGAACCCAUCCUUGAUUCCUCGAAAUACACUGCUGCUGAUGUGCGCAUCACGGAUCAGAAGCUGCGAGUGUGUGACAUUUGUGGCGCAUUUUUAAGUGUUUAUGACAGGCUUUGGGCCCAAUUUUACGAGGAUAAACUUUUGCAGCUAAAUAAUUGAUCGUCGUUUAGCUGAUCAUUUCGGGGGAAAGCUUCACUUGGGCUAUAUGCAAAUCCGAGAGAAGUUAGUUGAACUUCAGGUAAGGCCAAUCUUUUACUCUGAGAUUCUUACUUUGCUAUUUUUUGGACAGCGGCUUUCAUUCAUAAAAAAAUUGGCUCAACAAAGUAAGCAGAAAAAAUAUCCACCCCUCAUUUUCUGUGUUUCCCGAAGCAGGAGCAUAUCAGAAUGUGCUUUUAUGUAACUAAUGAAUUAUUGUAGCAUUU